AUGUCUGUAUCGCUCAGCCUCGCCGCUAGAGCGCGCGCAUACUUGGUCGAUCCGCCCACUACUACUGCCCCUAACACGGCCGAGGAAUGCUCCAACUGGAUAGUAGCCGAGAAUUCCUCAACCUGUGAGGAGAUUGCCGAGUACAACUGGAUCACCGUGACUCAGCUGAAGAGAUGGGGUGCCCCUGAAGAGGAGGAGCCCAAGACCACCACUACAAUCGCUGCCGGUCCGACCACCACUUCGACUGUUAGUAACGGCAUUAUCACGCCUACGCCGACCCAGGAAGGCAUAAUCAAGGACUACAACAAGUUCCAUUUCGUCUCCACCGGCCAAGGUUGCGCCACCGUCCAGUCCUUGUAUGGUCUCUCGUGGGCCGACUUCUACCGUUGGAACCCUGCCGUCGGCGCCAACUGCGAGACUCUCUGGGCCAACACCAACGUUUGCGUCGGCGUUAUUGGCGGUGCUAGCGUGUCUACUUCUGUCCCGGCCACCGCCACUACCACGGCCGGAAAUGGCAUUGCCACCCCGUCGCCCACCCAGGCCGGCAUGGUUGGCAACUGCAACAAGUUCCAUUUUGUCUCGGGCGGCCAGGACUGUCCCGCCAUCCAGUACCUCUACGGCAUCACCUUUGACCAGCUUCUCCGCUGGAACCCGGCCAUUGGAGCAAGCUGCCAGGGCAUGUGGGCAAACACUUAUCUCUGUGUCAGCACUACCACCGAUCAGACCACCUUGAUCACCAGCACCAAGACCACUGUCAUUACUACCAGCAAGCCUACCACCACCGCUGGCAACGGCAUCUCCACUCCCCAGCCCAUCCAGACAGGCAUUCCUACCAACUGUGACAAGUUCCACACCGUGGUGGCCGGUGACGAGUGCCAGGCCAUUGCCAACAAGUAUAGCGUCUCGUUGAGCCAGUUCUACGCCUGGAACCCGGCUAUCGGCACCGGUUGCAGCACCUUGUGGGCAGGCUACAACGUGUGUGUGCACACCGUGGGCGCCACCACCAUCAAGACUACCGCUUCGCCUACUUCCACCGGCAAUGGGAUUGCCACUCCUACUCCCACCCAGCCUGUUGCCAGCGGAGACACCUGCGACGUUAUUGCCAGUAAGUACGGCACCACCUCGACCAAGAUUCACUCGUGGAACACGCAGAUCAACAGCGCUUGCAACAAUAUCUGGCUGGGCUACUACGUUUGCGUCGGCGUUUAAAUCUCUAUAAUGUCUUAAUACAUCGCUCGCUUCGUCUUCGAGAAGAGGGAAACUCCCUUCUUAUACUUUUUUAUACCAAAACUUUCCCAGGUGAAUAGGUAAUAUUUAGGUACAAAUGGGAAAAGAUGUAAAUAGUUUAGGACGAGAGA